AUGGAUAGAGAGAAAGGGUCAUAUUGGAAAAACUCAUUGCGUGAUGAGAAGAGGAAGAAACCCGCAGCGGCAGCGACGGCGGCGACGGAUGUGACCUUCAAGGCAGCGGCGGCACUGUCGUCGGCGGGUGCGUCUGCUGGGGCUGCUUCUGAUGCGUCGGCAGGGGCGUCGGCCGGUGAGGCAUUGGACUCGCUGGCGGGGGCCGGGGGAGACGAGGCGUCGGACUCGCUGGCGGGGGCAUCCGAGGACUCACUGGCCGGUGCAGAUGCCUUGGGGGAGGAGGCUUCGUCGGAGGGAGAUGAGGCCUCGGACUCCGAGGGGCUGGGGGCCGAUGACUUCGGGGACGCAGCGUUGGGUGAGUCAGAGGGGGACGGGGCCGCGGACUUGGGCGAUGCAGCCUUGGGGGACGGAGCAGAAGCCGGGGUGCUGGAGGGGGCCGGUGCCGACGACUUGGGCGAUGCUGCCUUCUCAGGGGCGGCGGACUUGGGUGUCUUAGCGGGGGGUGAAGAUUUCUUGGGGGCCGGAGCAGCCGCCGGGCUGGAGGCUGGAGAGUCGGCUGCGAAGGCCGUGCCCACGACGGCGACGAAGAUGAGGGCGAGGACAACCAUUUGGCGUGCCAUUGGGUUUGAGUUCAAAGUUCUGCUGGAGAUUUUUGUUCCUCUUUGGUUUGACGAAAGAGAAUCAAGGCAGUGGUUCUCUAAGUGA